CUACCUAAACAUGAGUCAUGAAUGUACCUUAAGGCAUGAAAUAAUUCCCUAUAUAAAUGAGUGAGAGCUCAUUUUGUUUAUUGGCCUUUUAUAGCAGAACAAAUAGAAAGUAAGAGAGUUUAAGUAAGUAGAGAAUAAUGUCAACAAAAUCAUUUGUUGAAAUGCUCAAAUCAGCAAAACCAUUUAUUGGUAUCAUUGUACUCCAAUUCGGCUUUGCAGGGAUGUCCAUAAUUUUCAAGUACGCUUUAAACCAAGGCAUAAGCCCACAUGUGUUGGUAGCAUACCGGCAUGCUGUUGCUACUAUUGUUGUUGCUCCUUUUGCCCUUGUGUUGGAGAGGAAAACAAGGCCAAAAAUGACCAAAUCUGUCUUCACCAAGAUCAUGUUACUUGGCUUACUAGAGCCUGUGAUAGACCAGAACCUUUGCUACACUGGAUUGAAGUUCACAACGGCUACUGUUUCAGCCGCCAUGAGCAAUGUUCUUCCUGCAUUUGUGUUCUUAUUGGCUUGGAUUGUCAGGCUUGAGAAGGUCAAUCUUGGUAAAAUUCAUAGCCAAGCAAAGGUAUUGGGAACCAUAGUGACUGUUGGAGGAGCUAUGUUUAUGACUAUGUACAAUGGACCAAUGUUGAAUCUUCCAUGGACAAAACCAACAAUUCAUCAUGAUUCUACACAAGCUACUAACAAUGAAGCCUCGGUUAAAGGCGCUGUAAUGAUCGCAUCAGGUUGUGUAACCUGGUCAGUCUUCAUUAUCCUUCAAGCAAUGACAUUGGCAUCAUACCCUGCUGAGCUCUCCCUAACAGUUUUUAUAUGCUUGGCCGGUGCAAUCGAGAGCACUGUCGUCGCACUAGCAUUAGAAUGGGGCAACCCUUCAGCCUGGUCCUUAGGCUCGCGUCCCUUGUUAUUAGCUUCUCUUUACAGUGGUGUUGUUUGUUCAGGGUUCACAUACUAUAUUCAGGGUAUAGUCAUGAAGGUUAAGGGGCCAGUUUUUGUGACAGCUUUUAAUCCUCUAGGCAUGAUUAUAGUUGCAAUAAUGAGCUCCUUCAUAUUAUCAGAGAUAAUGUACUUGGGCAGAGUUAUUGGAGCACUUAUCAUUGUCCUAGGCUUAUACAUGGUUCUUUGGGGUAAAAGUGAAGACAAGCCCCCAGCUGAUCAAUUUAUUAUUAGUAGCAAAGAUUUAUUGCCAGAAACUCAACACAUUGAUCCUGUUAUGGAUGUGAAUUGUAAAGAGCUUGUUUCGAUUGAUACAGUUCGAGGAAAAAGUGGAGAAGAAGCUGUUUAACAUAACAUUAUAUAUAUCCAAGUGAUUGUCAAUUUUGAUUUCCUAGCCAAAAUCUUGUAUUAAGUUUACUUAAAAGCUUCAGAGUUAUCAAAUUUCAAUAAGUACUAAGUAAUUAAUUAGUGUUUCAUCCUUAACUGUUAUUACCACUUCCAUGUUUUGUUUGAAACUUUUACAAACUCAAGCAUGAAUAACAAACUAAAUAUUUAGUA